AUGUCGGUCAUUUAUGCCACAUGCAACGAAAAAGGCAAUGAUAAUGGAGGGCAAACUCCUUGCUCAAGCAAAAAGAGUAAUACAACUUUUUCAGAUGAUGAUGCAGCUAGUACCAGUAGCGGUGCUGACUUUGAACCAGCGAAAACACGUUACAGCACGCCACGUAGAAAGUCUCGUAGAUCUGUUACAGAAAAACGUCAACUUCGAAGUAGAGCGACAAUUCUUAAAGUUAUAAACGAAGCUGAUGAUGCUACAACAAACACCAACACGAAGAUCAUUGAUGAUACUGCAAAUACUGCGAAUUCCAUGGAGGCCACUUUUACCUCUGAUAACAUUCCUGAUCCACCUUCACCUUCUUUGCUUGCAAAUAUUGCAAAGGAUUCUGAUGGUGCUGAUGUUGAAUACUGUGAAUGCAACGAGUAUGUAAGGUAUUCCGUUAUUACGCUAUCAGACAGCGCCUAG